AUGGCAUCCAUGAACAAGCAAGGCAAAAUGGCCGGUUACAUUAACUGGCGGAUGAGGGUAACACUCAUCGACGGUAGACAAAUGACUGGCCAGAUGCUUGCGUUUGAUAAGCACAUGAAUCUCGUCCUCGCCGAUACCGAAGAGUUCCGAAAGAUCAGGUCCAAGUCUAAGACCGGAGGUGCUCCUGGUGCAUCGAGCCAAACCAUCGAGACUGAAGCGAAGCGAACUCUCGGCCUGACCAUUGUCCGCGGUGCUCACAUCGUUUCCCUAUCAGUCGAAUCUCCGCCUCCCGCCGACCCAAGCGCGCGUCUUGGCAAGACUACUACGGGCGGUAUUGCCACCGCCUUAGCCGCCGGUCCUGGUGUCGCGAGGGCUGCGGGCAGAGGAGCUCCUGUACCGCCGCCUAGCCUUGCUGGCCCCGCGGCAGGCGUUGGUGGCGCCGCGCCGCCUCCCGGUUUCCCUGGUGGCUUCCCCCCACCGCCUGGGUUCCCCGCUGGACGAGGAGCCCCUCCUCCCGGCUUCCCCGGGGCUUUCCCUCCCGGAGGUUUCGCCCCGAACGCUCCCUUCCCGCCUCCCGGUUUCCCUCCUGGUGGUCCUCCGGCCCCUGGUUUCAAUCCUCCCCGGCGAUAA